AGACGUGCCUUGGAAACGCUUAAAGUUCAAGUCAGUUAUGAAGAGUAGGUUAUUCGACUGAAAAUAAGUCCUCGUGAGGAUAUGAAGUAAAAUUGAUUAAGAUGUUUGAUUUAUUGAUAACAAUUUGUCAUUUUUACAGAAUAAGUUUGUUUUUGUAUGAAUUUGCCCCAAAUUUCGUUCGGUGCCUUUAUUCAGAAAUAUGAAAUUCUUAAUAUUUUGGUGCUCAAUUUUAUAUGUGUUGUCGACGAAUGAUGGAACUACAGUUGGUAUGUAAACUUUGCCAAUAGAUUUUGAACAAGCUAAUUUACUAACCCCGAAAAGAGCUGCUUAUAUAAAAAACUCGGAAUAAUUCUAAAAACUUGAACACGAAACAAUUGACAUUUAAUAUUCUAUCCGUAACUUAGAUUAGAGCUUUAUACCAUAGAGAAUAAUCAAGGUGAAUCUAUUCCUCUGGGUCUAUUAAUUAGUAAAAUAUUUGGGCUCGCGAGUAAAGCACGCGAUAUAUUAAUUAUGUCCCUAAAACUAAAUAAAUAAGUCAUUUUUAUUCUAAAACAAUCCUGAUAAUUAAAAGAAGAUAAUGAAAAAAAUACAAAUAUAUAAAUAUACUAUUACGUAAAAUAAGCAAUUUUGUAUUUGUUCCAUUUUGAAAAAGAACAAAUCGAAUAUUUUUUUAUUAAAAAAGAAUUCGACAACAGCUGGCGUUAAGUACCCGUCAUUGCUGAGUCGUAAAAAAAAUUGACGUAAUGAGUGAGUGUAUCACUGUCUAAUUAGACAGGAGAUUAGAAAUUGGAAACGUUGAUAUUUGUCGUGAUAAUCUCCUUAAAGAGCACUUUAUAAAAAAUUGUUAAUGAAAAGAUAGAAACAUUAAGUAUGGCUAGCAUAAAUAUUAUAAAUCCCAAGAAAAAGAUGACAUAUUUUUAGGGUAUACACUACUUACCGCACUAAAAUAAUAAUAGUAUAGCAUUUGCGGCCCAAUAGCUUUUUUAUUGAUCAUCAAAACGAUUCAUUGGUCUAGUCUCAUGGUAAUACGUUAACUAGUUUCUUCGCAUUAGAAGAGCAUAUAAACUGGACGGCAGAUGUUCAAUUUACAUUUUCUAAAUUAAGACUGACAUCUUUUACGAGCAGCUCUAGACAUGUUUGUUGUUUUGCCUUCUUUACUUUCAGAAUGUGUUAGCUUUAAUAAUUUGACUCUUAUUGUUUUUCCUUUUCCCCUAUUUUCUUACCUUUAGAAGCAUUCAAUGCAACUAACUUAAUAAGCGAAUCUCAAUUCGACAAUACAAUUAAUCCUUCAACGGAAAUUGACAGUGUCACUUUUGGAAAAGGCUCUAAGGAAUUUUCAUCUACUUCAGCAUCACUUGAUCAGCCAUUAUCUCUUUCGAAAUCCGUCCAUUCUUUUUUGACUAAUACUUUUUCUGUUGUUGAAUCAACAACGGUUUUAGAAAGCUCUUCCAAUCAAGAAGAUAUAAAAUCAACUGUAUCCCAAGACGAGAAUAAUUUCGAAAGGUCCAACCCGACUUUUACUCAUGCUGAAACAGACGACGCAAAUUAUUCGACCCUUAACUCUACGGAAAUUGAAACUACGUUAGAAAGCUUUAAGACCCUGGAUAGUCAUACAUCUUUUAUGACAUCAGAGUCAAGUGAAGAAAAGAAUUUGAGUUUGGAUAGUCCCAAAGAGACCAGCGCUGUUCUGUCAACUUCCUUGGAGAAUUCAUUUUCAGAUGUACCUAGAUCAGAGACUAAUAGAAAUUUCACUCUCAAUAUUUUGUCAACUGAAACAACUGUCUCAUUAACAUCAACAUUUACAAAUAGUGCAGAAAGUUCCCAAAUACCUCAGGUUAGUAGUAAUGAAACUUUGGAACUUACUCAGACAUUGACAAAGGAAGAGGGUAUUUCCUCUAUUUCACAUGAUGAGAAAAGUAAAUCGGAUGACAUUACAAUAGUACCUACAAACCUGAUGUCUGAUUUUAAUAAUACUAUAUUCAAUUCGACAUACUUAGGACAGACUGAUAACCUUAAAACUUCCACAAAUGAUUCGGACAAUUAUUUCUCGACUACUGUUUUUGCCGGAGAGACAGAUCUAUCAAAUGUUAAUUUAACAGAAACUAUCAAACCCGAAUUAAACAUCAGUUCAUCAACGUAUUUGGGUAUUAAUGCUACAGCGUCUUACUAUGAAUUAUCAGAAUCAAGUUCAGAAAAUAUUUCAUUUUUUCUGAAUUCAUUAUCUUCUAUUAAUGAGAAAACGUUAUCGACAUAUUUCCAAGAAAAUAGUACGAUCUUUACAUCAAUCAACAAUGAUUCAACAGCUUACAGUACUAUAGAUAGCAGUAGCGCUAUCCCAAGUUCUAUUAAUUCAAGUUUAACUGUCAAUGAAACUAAGUUGGAAGUAGAUGAGACUUCAAUCUCCACUUAUUCAGAGACAAAAAAUGAAACUCAAUCGAAAGUUAGUAACGGUGGCACUAAUGAGACUUUUACCACUAUUCAUUCAGAAGAGUCUUCUGCAAGUUUAAAUUCUAACGAAGAAAAUAUCACUCUAAUAACUACAGCCCAUACUGAUACACUCAAAGAAAUUUAUUCCACUUUCAUCCAAAAUUCUACGGCUAACAACAUCGUUACUUCUAUUCUCGAAGAAUCCUCUGUCAUAGAGCCAAGUUUUAGUACGGGAAUAACAGACAAGCCUCCAAGUGUUAAUUAUUCAUUAUAUUCUACUCAAGCGGAUGGAGAAAGUACUAUACCAUCUGAAAUAAAUAGCAGCUAUGUUGCAGAAUUUUCCACUAACGGAGCAGAAGAAAAUUUAUCCAGUUUGAUGCCGAAUGAGAGUUCAAUUAUUAUCAAUAGUACUAUUUUAUCAAGUACUCAAGAAAAUAAAACUUGGCUAUCUCCCUCUUACCAAUCCGAUUUCGCAUUUAACUCUUCUCUUGUCUAUUCAGAUAUUUUAGCCGGAAACAGUCCGAGUUUAACGUCAAUUUACACAAACAAUUUUAAUAAUGCAACAAGUUUUAUAGAAGAGAACUCAAACCCUUCAGAAUUCAUUACAAAUGGUACGUUAAGUAUGAAUGAAAUUGUCUCCUCCACGUUUGAAAAAGAGGAAACAAGCUCAUUGGUACCUUUAAAGACAACCUUUUUUGAAGAAAGCAGCUUAUUUGGCAUAGAUACAGACCGGAACCAAACUAGUCUAUUUCGAUCGACAGCAGGAAAUGAAAGUUUGAAUACUGACCAUGAAGCAAAUAGUACGCAGCUUAUUGCUAACGACACCAUGUCUGAAAUUUACACGGUAACAACGAUACUCGAUGAAGAGACUACAACAAUAUUAAGCACAAUAUAUAAUAAUUCUGAAAGUAGCACUUUCCCUAUGCUUUCAACUAAUAUCGUUCCUGAAUCUCUUUCUUCAAUAACACCAUCCUCCGUUGUACCUGAAAACACUAUGUCAACACCUAAUUUAUUAAUUAGCGAUUCUUUAACAGAAUUUAAUACAACAUUUGAACCGACAACACUUCCCAGCACAAAUCCUACGCUAAGCUUUAAUGAAACACUCAAAAAUCACUGGGUUUACACAGUAUUAAAAAUACCUGUCACUGUUGAUGUCGAAAAUAGCUCUUUCAUCUCUAGUAUGGAAUUAAAGUUUGCUAAAUUAUAUGAUUGCGCUUGGAAGAGAAGAUUCCAUGGCUUAACUACCAGUUGCCACGGACGUAGGAAAAGAGCUGCGACCUUCAAUAACAUUACGCUUCAGAUAUUGAAUAUUACCAGAGGAGUUAAUGAAGAAAGUACUACGUUUGUCUAUUAUUUGCAAAGGGGAUUGCAUAGACCUGUCGAAGCUACCCUAGCAGUCAGCUUAAUUCAUGAUUUAAGAGAUCAAGAGAUAGCUUUAGUGUUAGGAUAUGAAGUUGAAGUUAAAGCUGGAAUCUAUUAUGUGGAAUCUAAGCCCAAAGAAGAAGAUAAAAAAUUAUGGAUAAUUGGCGCAGCAAUAGGGGGUCUCUUCGGGCUUAUAGGCAUUGUAUGGCUUACUAUUUGUAUCUAUUGUCGCUGUAAAACAUUACCAAAAAAGAUAAGAUAUCCCCCACCGCCCGACCCCGAAGCUGCUCAUUACCGAAGGCCAGAAAAAUUCGAGAUUUUUCCUACUAAGAUUAUUCCAAUUGAGAACGAAAAUAAACAGGAGCUUGCAAAUGUCAUAUACAAUACAGAUAACAAAUCGAAUAAGAAGCACUUACAAUACAAAAAGGCGGAAGAAGCACCGGAAGAAGAUCAGAUAUCGAUGGGAAAGGAUAACAGACAACUACUAGAUCUUAGUUUACCAGUUAAUACGCACAGUAAAAGAAAUGAAGGAGUAUUCACUAGUGAUGAAAAUAAUGAAACUGCCGGAAUUUCUAAUACAAGUAGUAAAAAACGAGGAAAAAAGAAAAAAAAAAGACUAAGCCCUAUUAAAUUAUACUCUGUCGUUACGCCUAUUAAGAUAUCUGCUAUCAAACAACACAAUGUGCCAGACGAUGAUAGUGAAAGUAUUAACCAGUCGUUAAAGGAAAGAUUUGAAGAGGAGAAUGAGAGGAAUAAAGAGAGAAUGCGAAAGAUGUUUGCAAAGGAGAAAUUGCCACCGAUUAAUAAACCGAAAGCAAAAAGAAAGAGAAAAAAGAAGGUAGAUAAAACUUCGGAAGAGUACGAUAUGAGGAAUUUUCCUGCUGUUGAAGCUAUUGCUCCAUCAAUCGAAAAGGCCAAGCAACAAGAACUUUUGCAGUCGGACGAGGAGAAUAACGACUGGCUAAAGGCUCAUAGUUUGGUCGACAACGCCUUGUCUAUUAUUACAAAUUCUACUGAUAACGAAAACAUUCAUAAGCCAAAUGGACAUUUAGAUCACGCCCCCGAAGAUAAAGUUGAUUUUCGUCCAUUGAGAGCCCUACCUGGAAUGAUUGAAACUCCCAUAGUACAGACAAGGAGUCCGGAUGCGACAUUCACUACAAAGAACUAUAAUAUUGGAAGAGCCGAAAAAGGUGACGACGAAAUCGAUAUAGCUCAACGAGUUGUCACUCGGGGAGCUACUGCUCCUGUUUUAGCGUCUAUUAAAUAUGAACUGACGAGAUUGGCUCGUGAUUCUGAUACGAAGGUGUAAUUAAGAUGACUGGAAAACUAAAAUUUCCUUCAUUUUGUUUUUUCUUUCGAUACUCAUAUUUAUUACUAUUGAGAAAGCUGUAUUUGUUUCCAUUGUUUCAUAUCAGACCGUUUAAAAUACAAGCACGAAAAAGACUGAAAUAUUGUUACAUGCUGCAUCAUAAAUUAUACUAUUUAUGAAGAGAAUGAGCAGAAAAAAAGCACAAAAUGAAAAAGAAAUCCCCCAAAUGUAUUUAUUUCUUGGAAAAAAUUUGGUAUCAUCUUCACGCGGAAUGUUUGACGGCGGUUAUUAGAAUACAGGCUAAUUGUUUCAUUACAUCGCUUUAACAUGUAGCCUAAACACUAUCAUCGGUUAUUAAAUCUGAUAUUAGUUUAGAUAUAUAAAGUACAAACGAUUUGUGAUCAAUCACAAUACAAACGAUAAAGCGGGUUUUAGACAUCAUUCAAUACAAUUAGACGUAAACGAAACGCUAAAUCGAAAAUGGUCUUUAUUAAGUUCAUACCUUUAGAAGUUUCCUUUGCAGAUAGAAAAACAACAACUGAGCACAUGUACCAACUUCUACAAUAAUGGGACACAGCUCACCUAAAUUAGUAGUAGUAGGUUCCCAUGCAUUCGAUAUGAAUAACAAUACGCAAGUUAUAAAUUGUAUGAACUAAACGCACGUAGAAAAUUCUUUGUUUUAAUAUGUAUGUAGAAUAGAUUACGUAUAUAUAUAUAUUCA